AUGUCUACCAUUAGCUUGCAUGUAGCAAUCCUUAGCAAGCCAGUAUAUCUCCAAAACUUGGAGAUGAUUAGAGCUUCAAAGGCGGAAUAUCUCUCUCAUACUACACCCGCCUCCCGCCUCUACACUUCUUGCUCGACACAACCAGAAGCUCAUGAUCAAAUCCAACGACGCUCUGGAAACUACAAGCCUUCCCUUUGGGAUUUCAAUUACAUUCAGUCUCUCAACAAUCCGUAUAAGGAGGAGAGGCACUUGGACAGGAGAGCAGAACUGAUUGUGCAAGUGAAGAUUUUGCUUAAGACAAAGGAGCAUGCGCAACAGUUAGAGUUGAUUGAUGACUUGAAAUAUUUGGGACUGUCUUAUUUUUUUCAAAAUGAGAUUAAGCACAUUUUAGGCUCUAUAUAUAUUGAGCAUAAAUGUUUUCACAAUAAUGAAGCAGAUGAUCAAAGGGAUUUGUAUUUCACAGCUCUUGGAUUGAGAAUUCUCAGACAGCAUGGUUUCCAUGUUUCCGAAGAGGUGCUUGAUUGUUUCAAGAACGAGAAGGGUAGUGAUUUCAAGGCAAGCCUUGCUCGAGAUACUAAAGGAAUGUUGCAACUUUACGAAGCAGCUUUCCUUUUGAUAAAAGGAGAGGAGACACUAGAGCUUGCAAGACAAUUUUCUACUAGAUGUCUCCAGAAAAAACUUGAAGAUGAUGAACUUGACAACGAUCUUUCAUCACGGAUUCGCCAUUCAUUGGAGAUCCCUCUUCAUUGGAGAACACCAAAUCUAGAGGCAAGAUGGUUCUUGGAUGCAUACGUGGUGAGGCCCGACAUGAAUCCACUCAUCUUUGAGCUUGCCAAACUACAUUUCAACAUUGUUCAAGCAACACAAUUAGAAGAACUCAAACAUAUCUCAAGGUGGUGGGAGGAUUCAGGCAUGGUUGAGAAGCUCCCAUUUGUGAGGGAUAUGGUGGUGGAAAGCUACUUUUGGGCAGUUGGAGUGUUCGAACCUCAUCAAUGUGGGUAUGAACGAAAAAUGGGUGCGAAGGCUACUACUUUGAUAACAGCUCUCGAUGAUGUUUAUGAUAUCUACGGUACACUAAACGAACUUGAAUUGUUCACAGACACGAUUAGAAGAUGGGAUAUUGAAUCCAUCAACGGACUUCCUGCUUACUUGCAAUCGUUCUAUUCCGUAAUCCACAACUUUGUUUCUGAACUGGCACGCGAUAUUUCUAAAGAAGAUGAUAUAGCAAGUCUACACAAACCGUGGGUAGAUUUGGUUGAAGCAUAUUUACAAGAGGCAAAGUGGCACCACAAAGGAUAUACACCAAGCAUGGAAGAAUAUCUCAAAAACUCCAUCAUUUCAAUCGGGGCUCCUGCAGCGAUAUCCCAACUCCAUUUUAUGUUAGCCGCAUCCAAAGAGAAACCGGUCAUGGAGAGCUUGUGCAAAUAUGACCACUUAAUUCUCCUUUCCGGGAUGCUUGUACGACUUUCUGAUGAUCUAGGAACAUCACAGCUUGAGAUGAAGAGAGGAGACGUGGCAAAAUCGGUCCAAUGCUACAUGAAGGAACAAAAUGCUAGCGAGGAAGAGGCGGAAGAACACAUAAGGUUUCUAAUCAGGGAGGCGUGGAAGGAGAUAAACACACGCAUGGAGGACUAUCCAGCCGGGGAUGAUUUGGUUGUAGCUAUAGCUAAUACCGGAAGAGUGGCGCAGUUCAUGUAUCUCGACAGAGAUGGAAACCACUCUCAAUUACAUCAACGGAUUGCUAGCAUGCUGUUUCAGCAAUAUCACUAACAACGACAGAUCUAGGUGGGGUCGGGGUCCAGCAAAAAACUCAAUAAAUUCGGGUUUUAGAGCUAGCUUCGCCCCAACCUGACAUCCAUUGCUUCUGACAGCGACAACCACCUUCUUCUUCAUCGUGUCCGACCCCACAUGUUCCAUUUUCUGGAUCCGUCAUU